UUCUUGCCAGAUCAGUGGGUCUCUGAUCUAGCAGGCAGUAAUUAGGUUUUUAGUCUCCUGUGCAGCGCCCGUAGUUGGUAGUUUUCCAGUCUAGGUCGUUCGAGCCUGUUUCCAGGCUGUGCAAUACUGACGAUUCUAACAGAGACGCGUUUACUUGCAGUCGGCUGUCUCGUCGUCGUUCCAGGAAUGGCUGACUCGUGUUAGACGCAGGCUCUUGUGGCUCGCAGAUGAGGCUUCAGGCUCGGGUGCUUUGUUUUAAGGCCCGGUAUUGGCUGUCCUGGGAACUGGUGUUUUUAGGUUGUUCUAAUGGAAAGUCGAAGCAGUGAGCGUCCAGUCAAUUGUUGUGGCCUCCGUCGCUUUCUGAGCAGCCACAUGCUUGUAUAGUUCCGACUACCUCGUUCUAGUAUAGUUCCGCAAUUGAAGUUUCUCUUUCCGUUACUCACCUCUCGGAAUACCCCACUCGUCGUCGAAUGACGGCGUGAGACAGAGAUACGAAUCGCGGCGAUACGGCAUCUACGCAGAGCAAGUGAAAAUUAAGGCGAUAAGGCAUCUAUGGCGUCUUCCGAGGAAGAUAAAAAUGUGCGGAGCAGCACGAGAGCAGGGGAGGUUCAGGCGUUUGUUGGGUCAAUCGUUGUCAUCGUCUCGUGUGGCCUCUACCUGGUGUGGGCAUACGUUCCCAACAGCAUUCUCCUCUCUAUCGGCCUAUCCUACCAUCCUUCCAACUCCCCCUUAUAUCCCUUCCCUUCCCACCCACACUUAUUUUAUUCUGCACACGACUACAGGCAUUGGGCGUCUGUUAUACCGGCGUUCCUUAUAGUCACGGUCUUCUGUGCCCUCCUGCUCUACUCGGGCCUCAACCGCCUCUCCGUGCAGCCCGCCUCCUCCAAAUUCUCCAUCCACGACAACUCUGCACGGAUGCAGCCUCCUCUCACUCCCACCAUCUUCCACCCCGCCUCACACCCAUCCCACACACCCUCUCACGUCCCAUCGCCUCCGCAGUCAACGCCAGACGCACCAUCGCCAGUUCUAGCAAGCAGUACAUCGAGGAAUGUAUUGAGCAAUAAUUCACAAGAAUCAGUGGUGCUGCAGUCAGGAUCCAGUACACACCAUGGGCCGAGAUUGUAUCGCUCGCCUAAUGCACAUGAUGCCAUGCAGCUGAGCCGUAGGGCCCCUAUUCCUCCUAUUCACGACUUGCCAAUUACUCUAGUCAAUGACCUGCUGUAUAGUUAAUCAUUGUUGAACACUGGUUUUGUGCCAACAGCUUUUGGUGCGCUUUUCUCACAUUUUCUUAGUUGCCAACUACCAAGUAUGCAUACUUACUCAGG